AUGAUCUUCAGUUGCGGCAUUAGCGGCAGUUCUCCGGGAAGAAAGCUAGUCGUCUCUGAGAAUCUACCGGAGACACUUCGCAGCAUCUCUGCACAGACCUACCGAUCCUCCCCGGCAUCGGCCGAUUCCACCGGCUCCUCUCCCAGCCGCUCGAGUUCACCUGCAGUUCGCACUGCAGAUAUCACUGCUGGCAAGUGGACACGCAUCUCAAGUCGUGUGUCUGUGCGGCCCCUCACUCCUUCCGAAGCCGACUCAGUCGUUGAGCGACAACGAAGACGUGGACGAGACACUUCUACAUCUAAAGGUGAUCUGCAUGGGAGUGUUGUGAAUACCGCAGAUUGCACUGCCCACCCUUCCACGAAGAGAUCGAGAAUGGAGGACCACGAUGAGACAAGAAGCAGCAUCGACGCUGGAGGAACAAUCCAAAUUCCUUCGAGUGACAGCGUCAAAGAGCUAAUUCCGGAAAGUCCGGGCUCACGUUCUAAUUAUGGGGAAUUCUAUUGGGACACCUCCGGCGAAAACAACUACCACAACACAUCCUCGUUUGAAGACGACCUUCUCGACUUUGAUCGUGGUGCAGCCGUUGCUCGGCUUGACCGUACACAGGAUGACUUAAACAAGUUCCGCCAGCGCAUCGACAACAACGUCGAGCAGCAGAAAGAAUACAGUGAAAUGAUGGCAGCUCUGCAGAAUAAGGUACACGAAUAUCGUAAACAUAUUGCGGAACUCGAAGGGAAAAUGGUUAGCGCUAGAAGAAGACAAGCCGAUGACGGAUUUACCAUUCUCGACUCGAACGUUUUCCAAGAUACCAGCAACAGCUUCCGCGAUAUGGAAAUGUGGAGUCCAGCUCGCACUCGUGGCGCUACUACCAACGUAGUCCUCGCCGGUGAUCCGAAUGCUAACUACGAAAUGAUCGCCCGACUUGACGAGGAGCGCAGAAGGGCUGACGAAUACCGCAUGCAGUGGGAAAACGAGAGAGCCGCUAAAGAGAGACUGGAAGACGAAAACGAAAGACUUCGUCGUGAGUUUGAUCGUUAUGAUCGCGAAUAUCGCGACAAGGAGAGGACGUUCGUAAACAGAGAAAGAAAUCUCGCUCAGUAUCUAAGUGAUGAGCAGAAAAAAAUGAUGGACAUGUGGACGGAACUCCAGCGAGUUCGUAAACAGUUUGCUGAUUUGAAGGAGCAGACAGAACGCGAUUUGGAUUCACAACGCAACGAAUUUAACCGCGUACUCAGAAGCGUGUCCAACAUCACUCGCAACAUCAACAUUACUGGAGGAGAUGGAGGCUCCGCAGGAGUGAGUGGUCCUUCGCUGGCGGCACUGCUCACAGAUCUAAUCAGCGGAGGAAGUCACACGGCUACGUAUGAUAGUACCAUUAUCGAAGCUGUUAAAAGGUACCGAGAUCGUACUGGUGGUGCUGAUGCUGCCGCAGAUCGUUCUCUACUCGAAGAGCUGAAACAGAUCCGUGGUACCGGAGGAAGUGAGGGCGAUGCGGAGUUGCAGAAAGAACUCAUGCUCAAGUACGAGGAAUCCAUCGAGCGCAACAUCGAGCUCGAAUCGAAGGGUGAUGAAAGCCAGAGAAAGAUCGCCGAUUUGGAAGCCGAGCUGCGUCGCGUUAAGGAAAAACUCAAUGAUGCCACUGGCGCACUGAUGAAAAUCCAUGAGAUAAGCCAGGAUUCUGACAAGCUAGUCGAAGGGAAAAGGACCCGUUCGUUGUCUCCUGGCAAAUCGCCGUUGCCACCAUCUGAGGCGCUACGUUCCGUGAGAAACGCGCUACGCAACAAGGACAAUGACAUCCAACAGCUGGAGAGGAAGCUCAAGAUCUCCGAAAGCCAAGUGAAAGAGUUCAUGACUAAAUUCGAGACAGCUGACGACACACGCCGACGUCUCGACAAACAGCUUUCGGAUGCGAAGAGGGAAAUUGAUAACCAGCAAAAGAACAUUGAUGAGCUGGAGCGCAAUCUGCGUCGUGUCGAGGAUAAACUCCGCGCAUCUGAAUCGGAACGUCAAGCGGCCGAUAAGGCCAGGAAGUUCCUCGAGGAAGAACUAGCAAAGGUUCAAGCUUCCUACCAAAAAUCCACAACGGAUGAUGUGCGAAAGAUCCGCGACGAGUUGGAUGAGCAGACUAACACCAUCGUGGAAGAGCAUAAAAACAGAAUCACCGAGCUUACCAGACGCGUCGAAAAUUUGGUGCGUGAGAACACCAAACUCAAGACGGAUAUGGCUCCGCUCAAAGACAAACUCCGCGACAUGGAGAUCGAAUAUAACAACACCUUGCGUAGACUUGAGGAGAAGGCAAAUCUGGAUGACCAGCGUAAUCGCAACGAUGUAUUGGCCAGUGAGCAUGACAAGCUGACCAGUGAUCUGGAUAACGCGCUCAAGAGUACACACCUUGCCGAACAGCAGCUCAAAGAACUAAAAGGACAGCGCGACGAUUACCAGAAACAGAAAGACGAUCUGUCACGUCAGCUGUUCGAUAUUCGUCACAAAUUCGAGACGGAGCAGAAAACGGUGCAAGAUUUGACUAAGGGCGAAUCUCGCUUCAAUGACGAAAUCGAAAAGCUGAAACAAACCAUCGAUGAUUAUGAACGACAGGUCAUGCUUCUGCGUAGAACCAACGAUGAAUUCGACACCACGAUCAAGAACCUCCAAGGAAAGAUUACUCAGCUAGAGAAUGAGGUUCGAUCGAAAACCAGCGAGGUGGAAAAGCUUAAUGAUCUCAAUCAGAAGCUGCAAAAAGAGAAGCAAGAUGUUAUGAAGUAA